AUGGCCGCUGGAAAAGAGGCUGCGUCCUUUGAUGCCAUAAUCCAAGAAUCUCGCAAGCGCAAGAAGAACGAAGCCCUCGCAAAUGAGAUCUUCGGGCGUGGAAAGAAGGGCAGCGGAGCUGGAAUCGGGGCGCGUAAGAACCCGGCGCAAACCCCCAGCCUUGCCAGCAGAGUAGGCAUAACGAAGCGCUCCGCCUCCGCAGCUCCCAAACCCAAUGUCAACGGCAAAUGGGGCCAUGACCUACACUCUCAGAACAACCCGCGCGCUCGCGUCGCCCAGCUCCCGAGGACCGCAUCUACGUCGCGCAUAGAGCAGCGUGGCAACCGCUUCUUGAACGAGCUACGAUCAGACGAGCCGAGUCCAUUGAGCGCGCAGGCCAACAUCCGGGGGAACGCAACCAAUGGAGCGAGCGGCAUCUCGAUUCGAGGCAUGGCGGGCCCGUACACUGUCAUAGCGAGCAACUUCGCGCCUGGAACAACUGCCGCGGACAUCGAGGCUGUCAUGGCGCCAAUUGGGGGCGAGAUGCUUGGGUGCAAGCUGGUAAGCAAGGAACCCACUGUCAUCGCCGAGAUGAUGUUUGUGGCGCGAGAAGGGGUUGACAAUGUCAUUGCCACAUUCAACAACAAGAAGGCGGACGGACGGCUCCUCUACGUGUACAUGAAGUACGGACCCCCUUCACAACCGAUCAACCGGACACCCACAGGGCCCAUUGCGCAAGCUCAGAGGCCGGAUAGCGACGCUAUGGAUGUGGAUGAACGGGACCGGGGACGGCUGCGGUACGACAGCCAGACCAAUGCGCGCGAGGAGGACUACUCGGACGGACGAUACGGCUUCAACGAGAACGGUGCACCAGCUCCGCCCACACAACCGAGACAGAAUUACCGGAGGGGUCGCGGUGGUUACAGGGGUUAG